AUGCUGCGUCCGCUGCCGCUCCUGCUCGCCGCGCUCCACGCGUCUUUCAGUGCGGCGGUCGACGUGAGCGUCUGCCGCGAUGCCACGUACGACAUUGCCGUCGACGCCUCGACGCUGUGCGCGGGCGCAGGCGCGUUCCCCGCCGGGACGAACUGUCCGAAAACCGGUACCGUCGCGGUCGCCGAGUGCUACCCGUACCUCCCGUCGUACGUGGACGGCCAGUGCGUAGCGCCCGAGGACGCCGUGUGUCGGCAAGUGAACGGAGACACGUGGGGCUGUGUCUUGCCGUCGAUCGGGUGCGACGACGUUGUUUUGGGUUCCCCGCACUGCGCGACGUGGGACUAUUUUGGGGCCCCUCCCGCGCCUCGGCCGUUUGACGGGCACGAGGACGUCAAGUACGACGCGCGCUGGUUCGUCCAGACGACGCCGCUGCGCGACCUGUGGGGCUGCGAAGUCGAAGAGCCGACGCCAGCGCCCACGACACCGCGCCCGACGCCCGCGGCGACCGCUCGAGCGCGCAUUGCUACGCCAGCGCCUACGAGACGAACGCCGGCGCCGACCCCGGCCUCGACGACGAGGACGAAGAUACCGGUACCGACACCGACGCCAGCCCCGACAACGAGGAAUAAGAUACCGGUACCGCCGACACCGACGCCAGCUCCGACAACGAGGAAUAAGACACCGGUAAUGCCGACACCGACGCCAGCCCCGACGACGGGGACGACGACACCGGUACCGCCGAUUUCUACCCCAGCACCGACGACGGGGACGACAACACCGGUACCGCCGACUUCUACCCCAGCACCGACGACGGGGACGAAGACACCGGUAUCGACCGAGACACCGGUACCCGCGUGGACGGAAACUCCGGCGCCGUUGUGGAGUGCGACGCCAUCGCCUACAGUGGCAAACACGACGAAUUCGAGUGCGCCUGGGAACGUCUCGUUUGAGUUUGACCUCUAUGGAGUGAGGGUGGGCGAUGUGGGAUCUCGAGACUUGACGGACGAAAUGCCUUCGACUGCGUCGCAGUUGUCGUUGGACGACAAGAAAAAGUCACCGGGAGCCGGCGAAGCUCCGUCGACUGUGUCGCUGUUGUCGUUGGACGCCGAGAAGGGCUCGACAGGAGUCGGAGCUGGCACAAUUGCAGCGGUGGCGGUCGCCGCGGCAAUUGCUGCCGUUGUUGCAGUUGCUGCGGUGUAUACGCGGAAUCCGAUGCAGUUGUUCCAGCACCAGAACGAGGCAGAAGGAGCAGCUCGAGCGAGCCCGGAGUACGAGAUGGUCGUGACGCCUCCUCAUGCUGUGACGUCUCCACAUGGCAUGACGUCGCCUAGACUGUGA